GCAGACAUCCCCAGGCUCUCCUAAAAGGGCAAACGCCCGUCAGUGUGGUGGGCCCUCUCGUCUUAUUGAAUUGAACAUAUACAUCACCCAUCCCUCGACUGAACUUGAGUACACUUCGAUCUGAUCAUUGACCACACCUCCCUCCUCGCCCGACCCUGUCCCGGGUUCCUCCUUGUUGAAACGUGAAUCAACACACCCCCCCCUUUAGGCCAGCCCUAUGUCCGAAUCGCAGCCCUCGUCGCGCUUCCUCGCCCCCGCCCCCGCCCCCGGUCAACCCCCUCAGCUCAAGGCCUCGGACCAUGCCGUGCAGGGCCGCAAACACAAAACCACCGCCUGCCAGGCGUGUAAACUGAAGAAGCUCAAGUGCCGCGGCGAUCCGCCCUGCCAGCACUGCGUUGCCAAUGGCCUCCACUGCCAGGUGGACGAGAUGGCCGACAUGCGCCGCAAGUAUGCCAUGAAGCGCAAGCUGGAGCGCCUCGAACAGGCCGAGGAGACCCUGGUGCGACUGGUCAGCGCCCUCCGCGACAGCGAGAGCAAGCGUCUCGCCCAGCUGCUCAACCUCAUCCGCAGCAACGCCUCCUUCGACGAGCUACAGAUCUUCCUCCAGAAGAAGUUCACGCCCCCCGAGAUCGAACAAUGCCCCGAACUGCGCGACAUCCAGACCCAGAUCUCGCGCCCCUCCACCGAGGACGACGAUGACGACGAUAACGAAUCACACCCACACCCACAACAACAGCAACAACAACAAAAACAACCUCCCUCUCCCUCCCCGGCGCGCAGCUCCCGCCGCUUCCUCGAUGUCCGUCGCCUCGCCGACAGCCCGGUAUAUCGCGUGCCCGCCCGGCCGUGGACGAAAGUCACCGACGACGACGAGCUGGUGUCGCAUCUGAUCUCGCUCUGGCUGACAUGGACGUACCCGUUCUUCGACUGGCUGGACAAGGACCUGUUCCUGCGGGACAUGCGGGCGGGGCAGCUGCAAUGCCAGUUCUGCUCGCCGUUCCUCGUGAACGCCAUCCUGUCCGAGGCCAGUUAUUACUCCGACUACGCCGAGGUAUUUACCGUCCCCAACGACACGCUGACCCGCGGCGACCAUUUCUACGACGAGGCGCGUCACCUCCUGGAAAGGGAGGACGGCGCGGCGAACCUCCCGACCAUCCAGGGGCUGUUGAUUUUGUUUGUCCGGAUGGCGUUGAUGGGGAAAGACCGGCUGGGCUGGAUGUAUCUGGACCUGGCCAUCCGCGGGGCCGAGGAGUAUGACGAGAGAUACCCCCCCCGGCUGGGGGCCGACAACCCUAGCCCUGAGCCCUUGCGGGUGCUCGAGGAUGUCGCCAACCGGACCCUCUGGGGGGCCUUCAACAUCGCCGCCACGGCCACCGUCUCCCUCAUGAAGCACCUCGACGUCUCCCCCCCGCGCCGACCCCGAAUCGCCGUCCAUCACCACGACCCCCGCGACGUGUGGUUCCCCUACCCGCGCGAGGUCGAAUCCGUGCCCGGCCACCACGCCUGCGUCUUCGACCGCUGGAGCGCCUUCUGCUGCAUCGCCAUCCAGAUCAGCACUGGCUUCCACAACGUCGAGAACCCCGUGUCGCUGGCCCAGAUGCCGGGCUUCGUGCACAACAUCCACGCCCAGCUGCAGGACUGGUACGCCAGUCUGCCGCCGUGUCUGAGUGCCGAGACCGCCGCCGCUCCCCACGUUCUUAGCCUGCACCUCUUCUAUCACACCACCGUGAUGCAAAUCUUCAGCUACCUGCGCGCCAACCACUCCACCCCCUCCCCUCCCCCCUAUCCCCCCACCAAAACCAUCUGCCUCGCCUCCGCCCGCCAAGUGUCCCACCUCCUGGGCCUGCACCGCAACAACUGGGGCAUCGACCGCAUGGCCCCCUCCACCAUCCAAUGGUGCUGCAUCAGCCUCUUCACGCUCAUGGACGCCCUCGACGCGGCCGCCAACCGCAACGCCUUCAUCGAGCUGUGCGUCUUCGCGCGCGCCUUCUCGCGCCGCUUCCCCCUCGCCAAGGGCAUUCUGCGCAUGAUCCAGCUCUCGGCGACGCAGGCCCAGGUCGUCCUGCCGGAGGAGACGGACGUGCUUUUUGCGGACUUUGAGUCCGCCGCGUGGAAGGAGCGCGACGUGCAGGUUUUUAGUAGCUUCUAUCCGCAUCCGCAUUUUGUGUCGGUUGUGAGGAGGGGGCGGGGGCGGGGGGGAUGGGGUGGGUGGGUGGGUAUGACUACUAUGGGGAAGGACUAUGACUAUGAGUAUGACUACUAUGAGGCGUUUGGACUUGAAACGAAUGUGUUAUGA